AUGCCAGAAACUCAAAUACUUCCAGUUCAACACAAUUUUGAUAAUGCAUAUUCAGAUGUUGAUGUUAGAAUGAUGAACGGUCAUAUUGACAAAGCUACAGAAGCUUUAAUAAACAAAAAAAUAUCAGAAUUUAAUGAAAGCAUCAACAGACCCGAGGAAGAUAACAGUGAAAAUAAUAAUAAACUUGACCAAAUGCUUAAAGGAAACUCACCAGUAGUUGAUUCAUUUAUAAUUAAUCCUUUGGGUGACGAGUCUCUCAUCAUUUCAAACGAGUCUUUAUCAGAAGAUGAAAAAAGAACAAAAAUAAAUAAAAUUUUUUCACGUGUUGUAAGUAAUGGUAAUGCUGAACAAGUUUCAAAGUUGUUGGAAAAUGCAAAAAAAUAUAUUGAUCUUGAUGCUCAAGAUGAAGACGGAACUACUCCGUUAAUUUAUGCUGCUUGUUUUGGUCAUGAAUCUGUUGUUUAUAUAUUAUUAGAAGCUGGUGCUAAAGUUGAUGCUCAAGAUAGAUUUGGUUGGUCUCCUUUAAUGUGGGCAACGAAUAAUAACCAUCAUUCCACUGUAAAAUUACUUUUGGAUAACGGUGCUGAUGCUGGUGCAAAGUCGGCAAAAGGUCGUACCGUGUUUGAUUUCAUCCCAACUGAAAAUCAAAAAAUUGCCGAAAUAUUCAUCCAUAAUCCUCAACGUGACAGUUGGUCAAGUGCUGGUAGUUUAGGUAGAUGGUCAUAUUGUGGUGAUAAUGAAUCCAAGUUAUACGAACAAUUGGCUGAGGCUGAAAUGAAAAAAAGAAUGUUAAUGGAAAGUUCUUUAAAUUUGGAAAUUGAUUUAUCAAAUAUUCUUCACAUUCUCAAAACUGUCAUCACAAAUAUACAACCAAUACGUUCAAAAGCACAAAAACCUGUACCCGCAAACGUUAUAUUCCUAAGUACUAGAUUUGCUCAUUAUUUCAGUAGUCCUGAAUUAUUAGACACACUUUUACUCUCUGUUAUCGAUUCUAUCGACCAAACUGUCAAGACAAAACCUGAGGAUAUGACUUUGUUAUCAUUUUGGAUUUCAAAUUGUACUUUAUUAUUGUAUUAUUUGAAAAAAGAUACUGGCCUUGUUGCUGCCACUGUGGAAUAUCAAUUAAGAAUCUCGGAACUUUUGCAUGAAAUAUAUGUACUUUUGGUUAGGGAUGCUGAAAGAAGACUUGACAGAGUUUUAGAAGCAUCAAUGUUAGAAUAUGACACCAUCCCUGGUAUUGACGAUGUAAGAUUUGAGGGUGAAUGGAGAGUGUUUAGAACAUUUGUACGUAGAUCACGCAGCCCUCAAAAUGAAUACACCACUGCUACAUCAAAAGGCGCAAGCCUCAAAAGAAGUUCCUCUACAUCCACAUCAAAAUUACCCUCAUUCCGUCCUUCUUCUCCCAGACAGCGUAGCAUACCUUCACCUCGCAAUGUCACCUCUCUUCUGUCAUCCACCUUAUUUGUAUUGCAAACUUAUGGAAUUCAUCCAAUGAUUGUCGAGCAAACACUCAAUCAACUAUUCUACUUUAUAUCAUGUGAACUCUUCAACAAAAUUAUUUCAAAUAAAAAAUACUUGUGUAGGUCUAAAGCAAUGCAAAUCCGUCUCAAUGUGUCCGCAAUUGAGGAUUGGGUCAGGACAAAUAACCUAUCAAUUACAUUGAUAUCACAUUUCAAACCAUUAAUUCAACUUUUACAAUUAUUAAUGUGUUGGUCGCAAAUGACCGAUUUUGCCACAUUGGUUCAAACAACCAAAGAACUCAGUCUCGUCAAUCCUGCUCAAUUAAAACGUGUUAGUAAAAAUUAUCGUUACGAGGUGAAUGAGCCAAGAAUAACAGAGGAGUGUCAACAAUACAUUUUACAACUUGAGGAAGAUACAGAAAGAAGGAAAAAACGUUACUCAACAGAAAGUAUACGGAGUGAUGGAAGCGAUACUUCAAGCAUAAUCUAUCUCACAGUCUCACCAACAGUACCUGAAUGUACCAAUGGUCCAACAAGUUGGGAUGAUGAAGAUGAAUUGAUGGAAAUGAAAGACAGCGAGCUAUUAUUACCUUUUGCUAUUCCAACCAGUACAGAAAUGUUGGCAAAUUAUGGUAACAACGGUGGUAAAGAAAAAGAUAACGAGUUCAUACCUGUUGUGCCAGAUGAAUGGAUGGAAAAAUUAGAUUUGGAUUGUGCAGAUGAAAAGAUUUUUAAUGAGUUAAAAAUUCCUGAUUUAACUGAACUUGAUAGCACAUAUUAUAACUUGGAUCCACAAAAAAUGUGGAAGCUAAAGAGUGGUACCAUUGUGGAAAAAUUUAUAUACAAAUAUGCAAGAAAAUUGUCACAUGAAUCAUGCUUACAUUCAUUUAUCAUUAAUGAUGUUGAUAAAGAAGCAAAUUCCUUAUUUAGUAAAGAAGACUGGGAUGAAAUAUUCUCCUUCAAAGUUAAAAGGAUACCAAAGAUUGAUAAAUCAAUUAUUAAUCUUAUGAAAAAGUACUCAACAACUGAUUUAUCCAACAUUAUGCACACACUCUGGGAAAGUGACAAUGAUGACUCAUCAAAAUUAGAAGGGUGGUAUCAGUUAAACAUAUGGGGUGAAGGGAUGAGUAUGGCUUCAAGUGAUAGAAAGAACCAAGAAAAUUAUGGAACAAAUCGGAAGAAAAUUGGAAGAAAAGGGGAUGGAGUAUUUAGAUUGAAAGGAAGUAGAUUAGAAUUUGGUGCAAUUGAAACCAGAAGAGAGUGGGAGGGUGAACAUGGAAAAAAGUAUGUUAAAGACAGCUUGAAAUUGUGCAAAAUGCUUCAUGAUAUGUUAAUUCAACUUUCAAAAGAAUGCAAUAAUGAUGAAAAAAUCCUUAGAGAAUUACAAACAAUCGAGAUAUUAAACAAUAGAGCAUGUAAUCCACAAUCAGUAGAACCAGAUUUGGCCUUAAAUUUGGAAAUAGCAGACUUGAUUAAUCAGAAAAAACAAAACUAUCCACGGGAUGCCGCAAUGCAUAUAGUCAGACUUGUGAAUCAUCGAAACCCGACUGUUGCAUGGUUAGCUUUAACGGUAUUUAUAAUUUAUGUAUUUAUAAUUGUGGAUAUAGUAAACAUCCGCAGUAAAUGGGAAAAUAUGGGCUCGCCAAAUACAAUAAUAACUUCGGGACCUGAGGCGAUAUCUUUCGCUAGUUUUCCGGUAACAAUGAAAUCAGCGGUUCCUCUGGGAACGAUACGAUCUGAAAAUGUUACAGUGAGUAAGGGUAGUUAUCUUCUUCAAUAG